AGAAAACCCCCCAAAUCUUCUCCUCGUAGUCCGGUAAUACGUCGGCAAAGGAAAACCUUUUCUCAUCUUCAAAAAAGCAACAGCUUAGCAUCUCAGUAUUAAAACAUCGCAAACAGAAGUCGCAGUAUAGAAAAAAAACGCGUGAUAUAAUCAUCGCCACCAACAACUACUUCGAAGUCAGUACUUAAUCAAGUAGCUUUAACUUCCUGUUGAAAACUCCUUCCUUCCACCUCCAAGUUGUUUGCGUAGAACAGCCUUCAGCUCACUUUUACUGAAGACCCCCACAGCGCAGUCCAGAUUUGAUUGCAACUACGUAUUCUAACUCAGCUUUUCUUUGCAAAAAAAUGGUUCGCGCUUCCAGCCUGGUUCUCGUGCUGCAGGCUCUGUCUCUGCAACAGGAAGUGCAGAAUGUUUUGGGGCUUCGUUUGCAGAUGGGACCUAGUUCAUCUCCGCUCCUCGUCGUAGACGAAAAUGGUGACCUGCACCCGCCCACCGGAGCGUCGUCGUCUUCCGGCGGAACAACGCCACCGGCCGCCGUGGCAGUAACGAAUCACACUCCUCCUCCUGCUGAGGCGUCCGGUUCUCUGGCUGAUGGGCCCAGUGCCGCUGCCUCUAGCGCUCGCCGGAAAAGUCUUCCUCCGAGCAUGCCCGUGAUUCGUGAAGACGGUUCCUUUCAUGUUCCGGCUCCUGGUUCUUUUCAUGCUCCGGCUCCUGCUUCGGCGCCCCCUCAGAUGUCGAUGGAGGCAGGCCCGUCUCGGUGCCGUCAAUGUUUGCAAGGCUGCAGGUCUCGGUGCUGUGCGUGCUUGCAGUCGCCCAAAAUAGCGGUUGGCGCUUACGGAUAGGCCAGUUGGGAAUUUUCUGAGUCGUGGAACCUCGUGGAAACAGAUUUCUUGGCAUGUGUCGGAAUAGAUCUGAUGCGAAGCACCGUGAAGGCUUUGAAGCGUGUCGUUGCAAUGCUCAGAUUCGUUGAGCUGAUGAGCUCACUCGGAUCAGAAAUUAGUUCUACCGGGUUUGGUGCCCCAGAAAGCUAGCAGCGCCCCACGUGUCGCUUGCUCUGCGAAUUAUUGUUCAGAGAGCAAGCGACACGUGGGGCGCUCAUUUGCAAGUCUCGCAGGCGACAGGGAAAAUCUGGGUUUGGAGAGUUGCGCAAGAAAGUAUGACUCACUUAAACUUAGUUGCACGUGCUGACUUGUGGUCCUUCACCAAUCGUGCUAUGCAACAGAAUAGACAACAUGACCCACAACAUGAUCCUCCGUUUUGGAAAAUUCCCACUUGGCGCUGUGACACCAUCGCACACGUCGGAUGCGGUGGUCUCGUGGCGGGAGCGUUUUUGACGGGAACAGCCCAGGCUUCUGCUGUUGUUACUGGAACAGCCUGUUGCUGCAUUGCGGGUGCCCAUGGUACCUGCGUACGUCACUGCGGUAACCACGAUAGAAGGUAA